CUUUCGCCCAUCAUACAUACCUAUCUAUUCAUGGAACCAUCUUCAACGAUCGUUAAAGAUAAUCGCUUUAUUAUUUAUUAUUGCUGUUAAAUAAAGGUUUUAGAUUUUUCUUUGGCUGCCGAGUUCUUUAAGGAGCAGAAAAAUACCAAUCAAUGCAUUAAAUUCCGAUGAAUUUUACACUUUUACACUAGCAAUGGCCCAUUUGUUGACAAUCGUUUUCUCUUUAGGGUUUUUACAAAACAAAACAAACACGUCACCUUGACCUUCAUCACAAUAUCCUGACCUCUUUUUUCUAAGUUUAUUGAGAAAAAAACAAGAUGAAAACAGAAAGAAAAAAUCUCAGAAACACUUAAUGCCAUCACAGCUUCGAUAUAAUUAUAUUAGCCUUCAGAUUAUAUAAAUAAAAUAAGAGGGAAAGAUCGGAAAAGAAUGAAUGCGAUAUAGAAUCUCAACAGGAAACACACGCACUUUGCUAAGUGUUGCCUUAUAUAUAUAUAUAUAUAUAUAUAAAUAAAUAGAAAUGCAAUCUAAUAAAAACAAUACAGCUUUCUCGAGGAUGUUUGCAACGUUGCCUUAUUUUGGAAGUUUCAUUAGAAGGUAACUGGAAAUUACUCCAAAGAAGUUCAAUAUAGAAUGGUAAGUGGACUUGAUAUCUUAGAAAAGGAUAUAGUACAUUCUUCCAGCUCACCCCAAGCUGAAGAGGCGUGUGCACGUUAUGAAUCAGCGGCAGUUGAUUGGCCAAAAUGGUGCCAUGACGUCACAGUCACGCGCACUGGUCCACCGUCGUCCUCUGCAGAAUCAAAACAAAACUCCAUGUUGAUUACUACUUUGAAGUGAAAUAAUGUAAACACGACAAGAAAGAGCCACCCAAAACGAUAUAUUAACUCACGCAUUGACAUUUAAAGUUGAAAACGAUCAGCCAAACACAUCACAACUGUUGCAAUAAGACUGAAAUUCCUCAGCCGUUUCUAUGAAUUGAAUAACACUAAUAAAAAAAAAACACAAAUAUACAUCAAUUUAUUAUUCCCUUAUAAACUCCAUUUUUGUGCCAAACAAUAAACCUGGGAAACCACACCGGAGACCUCUUCCCUGAGCUGAAUGCAAAAGAAGGAAUCCCACAGCAGCAGAGGUCAAGAACCCUGCCAAUGACAAUUGAACAAUCUCAGGCCACUAUAUGGCCAACCAACAUUGACAUGGACUUGUAUGGAAAUACUCCUCAUAGCUCUGACCACAUGCUACCUUCUGAUAUCUAUUGUAUGGUACCAUCUCCUACUACUUUCAGUCCAAACUCUCCACACAUGUAUGAACAGGAAAAAGACGACCUGUCUCUACUCCCUCAACUUGAAAUUCAAAAUUUACCGACAAGUGGAAACCAAACUCAGAAUUCAGUCAACAUGGAAGAAUUUGAUCUGAAGCCACAUUUUGAAAACAAUGCUGAUAGCUUCAUUGUGAAACCCAGAUUCGAAGUUGCACCAAAUUCCCCUGCUUCACAAUUUACAACAGAUACCAUAUGGAAUGAUAGCAAAGACUUCCAUGAAUUCUUGCAAAUGGAAAAGACUGACUCUGGGCCAACUUUGGCAGAACUGAAUUUUGGUGACUACAACAUUGAUGAUUUUACAUGUGAUGAAAUCUCUUAUGUUACCAGUAAUAAUGAAAUUGUCCCUAGUAAUGGCACUGCUAAUGUUGGUACUGCUAACAACAGUAAUGCCACUACCACUAAUACUGGUACUAAUAUCACUUCUACUGUCCACUCAAGGAUGAAGAAUUUGCAGUCUGAUUUCUUAGCUACCCCCAUAUCAAAGAAUAACCGUUCCGAACUGCAAACGUCCACUACACUUCAACAAAACUGGGAUGAAAAUCCUGCACCUCCUACUCUUGGAGGAAUGAGAGUUCAGGCGUCUUUUAAUGCUUCUUCCACAAAAUCUUCUCAGAUAUUCAAACCACUCAAACAAAACCACAUGGCACCAUCAUGUACCAUUACCUGUGAUACAGAUAGCAAUAAGAGCAAAGCAGCUCUCAAAUUGUUUGAUGGCAAUGGCUCUGUACCAAACAAGUUUUUAAAAUAUGAGGACUUUUCUACCGGAGAUUGCAGUCAUAAGCCAGUGGACAGUGACAUAGAUGUCUCUUCUUCAAAUGUUCAUUUACAACAGUUACUUUGCAGCAACCAACCAUCACUGCAACCUGAAUCUGAAAUGUCAAUGCAAGCCCACAAAUCCCAGCCAAUCACUUCACAUUUUCCACCGUCAGUUCAGACACAGCCCCAACAGAUGGCUCCAUUGUCAUGUCAGACAGUACCACAGGCCCCCCUGAAAACCCAGCAGAGUAGUGUGACACCAGUUGAGACAGUCUCGAGCUGUGAUAUGACAAUCUCUCGAAAUGACACAACUUCUCACUCAGAAACCAUGGAUGAGAAAUGGGAACAGAUUAAAAAGCUUUUACACAAAGAAGAUUCCCCUAAAAGUAUAAAGAGGGAACGCAUAAGUUCAACCAGCAGUUUUACAGCCUCCAAUGACGAUCAUGACUCCAAUGAUGGUGAUAUGUCAGAUGAUUCCUCUGAUUAUGAAAUUGAAGAUUAUAUAUCUGAUCCAGAAUCUGCUCAUAGCCCCUCAAGUAAAGAAACACUAUCAUCCUCAGUCAAACGGAGAGAAAAACAAUACUUUUGGCAAUACAAUGUCCAGUCCAAAGGACCAAAGGGACAGAAGAUGCGACUGUUACCCGAGGAACAAGACCCACAUGUUUUAAAUACAUUUGAAGAUCCAGUGUUUGAGCUUGGCACUACAUCUAAAUUAGGUUUGCGACACAGCGGCAAGGCUCGCCGUGGAGAUGGCAAUGAUAUUUCUCCUAACCCAAGGAAACUUCAUUUAAUUGGACAGCAAUUGAAAAAAUUGAACCAUGACAUAAAUGAGUUUGUACCAACAAGUGACCUGCCAGCCAGUGUUAGGAACAGGACAAGGAAAGAGAAAAACAAGCUUGCUUCAAGGGCUUGUCGCUUAAAAAAGAAAGCACAGCACGAAGCUAAUAAAGUGAAAUUGUUUGGCCUUGAACAGGAACACCGUCAGUUGAUGACUGUAAUUGAACAUAUCAAGCAAAAGAUGUUGGCUGCUCUUCUAUCUAAGAAAACAAUAAAAUGUGAAGAGAAAGGACAAAGAACAAGUGAUGAACAAUCCAAAUAUUUGAAUGAACUCAUCAAAAGACAUUUAACGACUGUAAUUGCUGGACAGACUGCUGAUUAUGUAAACAAUGUAUUGAGUAAAGUGAAAGCUGGUGACAUCUCUGGUGGCCUGCCACUGUCUAAAAUAAAAUCCAGCAGUCUAACAGUUACUAGUUCCGACGACGAAUUCAGCAAUGACUGAGCAACAGGGAAUUGGAUUCAACUUUAUCAGACCAGACAUACAUUUCUGUUCUGCCAAAAUUGGUUUCUCCUUCAUCUUUUUGUGUCCAUUUUUUUUUAUUUAUGUUUUAAACAAUUCUUUAAA